AUGGAUCGUCUUCUUGCUCUUUAUUCCCAACAGAACACGCAUUCAACUCCUGCUGAAAUGUGUCGAAACUAUCUACUGGAUCUUCUGAAAAGCGGAGAAGAAGGAUCUAUUCAAUGGAGAAAUCUUGACGCAUUGGAGUUCGAAAUUACGGACGAGAUGGAUUUGAAAAGGCGAUUCUAUGUUAGAACAGGAAAGGAUUUCAGCCGUGUUUUGAAUGAAGGAACUCGAUUUUUCAGAAAGGUCCAUGGCCUGGACAACGUUUAUCGCUUCCAUUUUGUCCCCAGACAUCUUCGUCCUCUAAUUCCUAACAAAAAAUUUGCUCAACGUUUGAUGUUCUCUACUGAAACUGCUGUUUGA